AUGUCACAAAUCAGCAAAGUUAUACCUACUUUCAAGUGCGUAAUCGUUGGUCCUGCCGGCUGCGGAAAAACUUGUCUUAUUGAGAGCCAUCUGACCGGUGCUUUUGAGAACAAUUAUAAACCCACCCAAAGUACUGAAGAGUUUCAGCUAACUUUCCAUACUGGACGCGGUCCCAUCUGUUUCAAAGUUUGGGAGAGCACUGGUCGGAAGGAGCACUAUACCGAUGCCGAAUGUGGCAUUAUCAUGUAUGAUUUCUCCUCAAAAACCAGCUAUGAUGCUGUUCCCGAGCUGGCCAAGGAACUGGCUAGCAUCUGUGGCAAUAUUCCAGUAGCCAUAUGUGCCAACAAGUUUGAUCUGUUCUCGGCCACCAGCCAUAUGCGGAUUCUAAAUGACCAGGUUGUAAUGUCUGUAAAGCUAAGACUGAACAUGGGAGGACCUUUCAUCUACCUGGCAAAGAAGCUUUUUGGUGAUCCAAGUCUGUGCUUUGUUCCAAUGAUGGCUGCGCAGCCGCCUUAUGCCCCGAUCUCCAAGGAUGAACAGUUGCGUAUAUUAUUAAUGGAGCUGCCUGAGCUACCCAAAGAGGAUUAUGAUGAUUAUUAUAACCAUAUUUUACCAAAGACAUAG